CCGAGGCCGCGAGCCCGGGCCGGAGCCUCAGAGUCUGCAGCCCCAGCCUGAAGCCCGAGUCUCGCUGGCCCCGCGCCUGAUCCAGCCUGAAGAUGGUACCGCUGAUGGCUGCAGUGGCAGGACCCCGCAUGCUGCUCUUCUCUGUCCGGCUGGGUGCUGUGCAGGCUGGCCCGCGGCAACUGCACACAGGGGCCUGCCUGGCAGCCAGGAACUACUAUGAGAUGUUGGUGCUGGGCGGGGGCAGCGGGGGAAUCUCCAUGGCUGCCCGCAUGAAGAACAGAGUAGGCGCCGACAACGUGGCCAUCAUAGAGCCCAGUGAGAGACACUUCUACCAGCCAAUCUGGACACUGGUGGGUGCAGGUGCCAAGCAGUUAGCCUCAUCGGGCCGUCCGACAGCCAGCGUGAUUCCAUCUGGUAUCGAGUGGAUCAAGGACAGAGUGGUUGAGUUCAACCCAGAGAAGAACUGUAUCCGCACAGGCAGUGGAGAGGAGAUCGCCUACAAGUACCUUAUUAUUGCUCUGGGAAUCCAGCUGGACUACGAGAAGAUUAAAGGCCUACCUGAAGGGUUUGACCACCCCAAAAUAGGCUCCAAUUAUUCUGUUAAGACAGUGGAGAAGACAUGGAAAGCUCUGCAGGACUUCAAGGAGGGCAAUGCCAUCUUCACUUUCCCAAAUACUCCAAUAAAGUGUGCUGGAGCCCCACAGAAGAUCAUGUAUUUAUCGGAAGACUAUUUCCAGAAGACAGGGAAGCGCACCAAAGCCAAUAUCAUUUUCAACACUUCCCUCGGAGCCAUUUUUGCCGUGAAGAAGUAUGCAGAUGCCCUGCAGGAGAUCAUCCGGGAUAGGAAUCUCACUGUGAACUACAAGCAGAACCUCAUAGAAGUCCGAGCUGAUAGGCAAGAGGCGGUGUUUGAGAACUUGGACAAACCUGGAGAGACCCAAGUGAUUUCAUAUGAAAUGCUUCAUGUUACCCCACCAAUGAGUGCACCAGAUGUCCUCAAGAACAGUCCGGUGGCGGAUGCUGCUGGAUGGGUGGAUGUGAAUAAAGAAACUCUGCAGCACACGAAAUUCCCAAAUGUGUUUGGGAUUGGGGACUGCACGAAUCUUCCAACAUCUAAGACAGCUGCCGCAGUAGCUGCCCAGUCAGGAAUACUUGACAGGACAAUUUCUCUGGUUAUGAAGAACAAAACACCAACAAAGAAGUACAAUGGCUACACCUCGUGUCCACUGGUGACUGCCUACAACCGUGUGAUUCUUGCCGAGUUUGACUACAAUGCACAGCCCCUGGAAACCUUCCCUUUUGACCAGAGCAAAGAGCGACUGUCCAUGUAUCUCAUGAAGGCUGACCUGAUGCCCUUCUUGUACUGGAAUCUGAUGCUCAAGGGCUACUGGGGCGGACCUGCCAUUGUGCGCAAGCUGUUCCGUCUGGGUAUGAGUUGAGGAGCGCUCACUCCUGACUCUCCUCCCGUGGCUUCUGGAUCCAAAUCACAGUGACUGGUGGACUGGGGGAGAUGCACGAGGACCUCGAGCCCUAACCCCUCGAAUUCACCACUGAAUGAUAGGGGGCAGGGGGGCGGCACAUGCCUCCCUUGUCUACAUGUUUGGAACAGCCUGGGGGUGGGGAUGGGGGCUGCCUGGGGUGAGCCUGAUUCUUUGGAGAUGAAAGAAUAGAUUUCUAUUUUUUAAAUAAAAACUUGCCAUUGCU